UUUGUUUAUUCGCGGAAUGCAGUGUGCGAUGAAAACGUGUUAGUAACUAAACCCCCCUUUCUACUAAUAAUAAUCUAAUGACACUGAUCGGGACUUCGGAUCACACUGGGGACUUUUGGGAAACGCGCACCGGUGCCAUUUACGCACGGAACAUGCUCGCGCGACGCAGCGCCACAGCGCACCGAGACCUUCGCUCGAAACUCUUCAGAGACUAAAGUGUCCGCGCGCAGCAGCAGCAGCAGCACCACCACCACCACGACCACGACCGCUGAAUCACGACGAUCGGAGGACGGACUACUGAGUUGAAGAGAGAAGAAAGUUGGCCGGAGAUGGCGGAGCUUUGAGUUGCGAGCGGUCCGGUCAGUCCACAUCUACAGGAGGAGGAACACCAGAAAAGAGGAGCAAAGACAAAACUGUGAUCGCUGCUUGAUUAAUGUGAUAGACUGAAAGACGGUGUCGCGGGCACGGACUCGACAUGCUGACAUUCCCCUGUAGUAGUCGAGAUAAGCUUUGACUUGGCUAACAGAAGAGGUUAAAUCGUGUCUAACGGGAGUUUGGAAAAGCCAGCCUUUCUUUCCCGUACGGAUCAACUCAUUGGGUGGGAGCUGAGAGAGAGACAAGAGUCCCCAGCAAAUCAGGAGCUAAUUGAUUAAAGAGACUUCAUUUGAAUAGGAGGGGGGCUGGCGAGGUGCCAAUCGCCUUUCAAAGAAGCCCCCGUAUGAUUAAUCGCAGAGCAUUAUUGAUAAUCAUAACGGGGCACAUGCGCGGUGGAUGGACUCGUUUUACGUAAUUUUUGAGACCGUUUUGUAGUAAUUUUUUUAUUCUCUGCUCGCUGAUGUGCCAGCCAGCAUGUCGCGGAGGAAACAAGCGAAGCCGCAACACUUCCAAUCCGACCCUCAUCUGCCUUUAUCGGAACACAAUGGGGACACAGAACUUUGCUCUGAGGACCCCCCCUGCAAGGAGUCAGACGCCCACGUCUGUAACAGAUGUUGUGCUGAGUUCUUUGAACUAUCGGAUCUUGAGGAACACCAGAAGAAUUGCACUAAGAAUCAGUUAGUUCUGAUAGUAAAUGAAAAUCCUGCCUCCCCCACCGGAACUUUCUCGCCUGGGUCUCCUCCCCAUAAUCCUGACGACCAGAUGAAUGACACAGCUAAUAACACUGAUCAAACAGAGUGCAGUGAUCUUUUGGAGCGUAACCCCCUUGAACAAGACGAAUCCAUGGAUGUGGACAUUUCCGGAAUGAGCAGUGGUCAUGAGGAGGAAGGCAGUCAUACAGAGAGUGGAAGCCCUAUCAACACAGUCAGUAGCAAUGGUGGCAGGGCCACCGCCGGUCCUGCAGUUGGUACUUCAGCCAUCUCUGCCCCUCUACCUCAGCUCAGUAACCUCACUGAGCUGGGUAACUUCUCCAUGAUCAACAGCAAUGUCAUAAUAGAAAAUCUUCAGAGCACCAAAGUGGCUGUGGCCCAGUUCUCACAAGAAGCCCGCUCCACUGGGGGCCCCAGGGUGGCAGUGCCAGCUCUGAUGGAGCAACUACUAGCCCUGCAACAGCAGCAGAUACACCAACUGCAGCUUAUUGAGCAGAUUCGCCAUCAGAUACUGCUACUGGCCUCCCAGGCUCCAGAGAUGCAGGCGCCCCCAACCUCUGCUCCAGGCACAGUGGGGCCUGCUGCCAGCCCACUGACCACACUCAGCUCGCAUCUCUCCCAACAGCUGGCUGCAGCCGCAGGCCUAGCGCAAAACCUGGCUAGUCAGUCAGCCAGUAUUAGCAGCCUAAAGCAGCUGGCUGCAGCGGCACAGCUACCUCAGUCCAACCCAAGCACCAGUGAGACAUCUCAAAGCAUUAGCACUCUGGGGCCAUCGACAGUCAAUACCCAGCCCCCUGACAAAAGACCGAGUCAUAUGAGUAGUCUCCACUCUCAGCUAAGCAACUCCUCACUACCUAAGUCAUCCACACCAUCAUUUGGAAUAGGUAGCUUGCUAAGCUCUGCAGUGAAUCCCCUUCUACCUCAGCCCCCACCUGGAAACCCCAUAUUCUCCAGUUCUCUGCCGAGUGUGGGCACUACUGUAGAGGACCUAAACUCUUUAGCAUCUUUGGCCCAGCAGAGGAAAGGCAAGCCACCAAAUGUCACUUCAUUUGAACAGAAGAGCAGUUCUGAUGAGGCUUUUUUCAAGCAUAAGUGCAGGUUUUGUGGCAAGGUGUUUGGGAGUGACAGUGCCUUGCAAAUCCACCUGCGCUCCCACACUGGCGAGAGACCGUAUAAGUGUAACAUCUGUGGCAACCGCUUCUCCACCCGUGGUAACCUAAAGGUGCAUUUCCAGCGUCAUAAAGAAAAAUACCCACACAUCCAGAUGAACCCUUACCCUGUUCCUGAGCAUUUAGACAACAUACCAACAAGCACUGGCAUUCCAUAUGGCAUGUCUCUGCCCCCUGAGAAACCCGUCACCAGCUGGCUGGACAGCAAACCUGUUUUGCCCACUCUGACUUCCUCAGUUGGCAUGCUGCUGCCACCAACCAUGCCGAGCCUUCCACAUUUCAUCAAAAAGGAAGACCAUUCGAUAGCCAUAACUAGCCCUUCUGUUACUGCAAAGAAAGACUCAGGUGCCGCUGAGCCUUCAGCUAAAAGUAAUGACCAUGUGUCUGAAGAGGGUGAAGGUGCAAUUCUGCCUACCUCAAAUGGGAAAACUGAAGAAGGCAGCCACUCCUCAGGCUUCAUAACAAAUGUGAGCUCUGCUUCAGAGCAUACAGCUGAGUACACAACAUCCAACAGCCCGCCCAUGAUGACCAACCCACUCAUGCCACUAAUGUCUGAUCAUUUCAAGGCUAAGUUCCCCUUCGGAGGCAUACUGGAGCCUCUCCAAGGUUCAGAGACAUCCAAGCUACAGCAGCUUGUGGAGAACAUUGACAGAAAGGUGACAGAUCCAAACGAAUGUGUCAUCUGUCACCGGGUGCUGAGCUGCCAAAGUGCUCUGAAAAUGCACUACCGCACUCAUACAGGGGAAAGGCCCUUUAAGUGUAAAAUCUGUGGCAGGGCUUUUACCACCAAGGGGAAUCUUAAAACCCACUACAGCGUUCAUAGGGCCAUGCCUCCUCUUAGAGUUCAACACUCCUGUCCUAUCUGCCAGAAGAAGUUCACAAACGCUGUGGUUCUACAGCAGCACAUUCGCAUGCACAUGGGUGGGCAGAUCCCCAACACCCCUCUGCCGGAGAGUUAUCCAGAGUCCAUGGCUUCUGACACUGGCUCAUUUGAGGAGAGAAACUUUGAUGAUCUGGAUAACUUCUCUGAUGACAAUAUGGAAGGAAUGGAGGAAGGCCCAGAUAGCAGUGUACCUGACACACCCAGGUCAGCUGAUGCUUCUCAUGACAGUCUGUGUAACUCCCCAGCCCCACAUGAAAUGGUUUUCCAUGAGGCCGAAGAGAAAAAUGGCCAAGAGAAUGCUCACAACAAUGGAACAGGAGAGUUUCAAGUCAGCCACUUGAAGGCGACAGCAAAUGGCUUAGUUGAGGGGGACUGCCUCACCAAUGACUCCUCAUCACUGGGAGGGGAUGUUGAAAGCCAAAGCGCCGGGAGCCCAGCUGUGUCAGAAUCUACCUCCUCCAUGCAGGCGCCAUCCCCCACUAGCAUGCAGCCACAAUUACACAAAUCCCCCAGCCUUGAAGAAAGGCAACAUAGGGCCUUGUCCUUAGAGCACAUAAAUGCAAGCCCUGUGCACUCUUAUCCCUCCAACAUCGGAGCCCUGGAUCUGACAUCUGUCAAUCCCUCAAAAGACCCUGUGGGCAUGAUAUUCCCCUUCCGUGAGCGUAACAUCAUCAAGAACACAUCCUGUGACAUCUGUGGGAAGACAUUUGCUUGUCAGAGUGCCUUGGACAUUCAUUAUCGAAGCCAUACCAAAGAACGACCAUUUAUUUGCACGGCCUGUAACAGGGGUUUUUCCACCAAGGGCAACCUCAAGCAGCACAUGCUAACCCAUCAAAUGAGAGACCUGCCCUCACAGCUCUUUGAGCCAUCAAACACCAGCCUGUCCUCCAGUCCGACCCCUUCCCUGCUCUCUGUUGGCUCUCUUAACAAACCUGAAGUCAAUGGCUUCCUCCAUGGCCUCCACCCAGACAAGGAUAUGCCCCCUGGUUUGGUCACAUCAUCUGCCUCCUCUUCCCCAGUGCUUUCUGCUGGUGCUCCACCACGCAGGACGCCCAAGCAACACUUCUGCCACACCUGCGGGAAGUGUUUUUCCUCUGCCAGUGCUCUACAGAUCCAUGAGAGAACACAUACAGGGGAGAAACCCUUUGCCUGCAGUAUCUGUGGUCGGGCUUUCACCACCAAAGGAAACCUCAAGGUUCACAUGGGCACACACAUGUGGAACAGUGCUCCUGCCAGACGAGGCCGCAGGCUCUCUGUGGAUGGGCCAAUGGCCUUCCUGGGUACCAACUCAGUCAAGUUUCCUGAGAUCUUCCAGAAGGACAUGGUAUCAAGGGCGAGCAAUGGGGACCCAGCCGGUUUCUGGAACCAAUAUGCUGCAGCUUUCUCUAACGGCCUUGCGAUGAAGACAAAUGAAAUCUCUGUCAUCCAGAAUGGAGGCCUCCCUCCGAUGUCAGGUGGUAUGGGAAAUGGCGGUAGCUCUCCCAUCGGUGGCCUAACAGGCAGCCUAGACAAACUACACAGCAUGGAGCCCAACGCUGCCCUUGCUGGUCUGGAGAAAAUGGCCAACACAGAGAACGGGGCUCACUUCCGUUUUACGCGGUUCAUUGAAGACAAUAAAGAAAUUGUCACCAAUUAGAGUGUAUGUCCCGAGCUGCACACACACACACACACACACACACACACAGACA